AUGUUCAUUCACAACGUUUUUAUACUUGUCACAGUAUCGGUAUGCAUUGCCGCAGAGCCACCAGUGCCAACGCAAAUCAGAUUGGUUCAUGAUCUACUCGACAACUACGACAAAAAAGCGAAGCCAAUGUGGGAUAACUCUAAACCAAUAAAUGUGUCUUUUUCGAUGGAUCUCUAUCAGAUUUUGGAGCUCAACGAGCCACAACAAUAUAUUUUGCUCAACGCCUGGAUUAUAGAGCGAUGGUUCGACGAGUUUCUCUACUGGAAUCCAGACGAUUAUGAGAAUAUAACGGAGCUUCGUUUGCCGUAUGAUUCCAUUUGGUUACCAGACACCACACUUUACAAUUCUCUGGUGAUGAAAGACGAUGACACGAGACGACUUCUAAAUGCAAAGCUUACGACGGACACUCAAAGAAGGGCUGCACUGAUCGAGUUGCUCUAUCCAACGAUCUACAAGUUCUCAUGUCUUUUAGACUUGCGAUUCUUCCCAUUCGACGUCCAAGUCUGCACAAUGACUUUCUCCUCUUGGACUUAUGACCAAAAAGGAAUCGACUAUUUCCCAUAUUCCGAUAAAAUUGGAACAUCAAACUAUUUGGAAAACGAAGGAUGGUACAUUUUGCAGACGAAAAUCAAGAGGCGAGAAGUGAAAUACGCAUGUUGUCCGAAUAACUACACGUUACUGCAGUUGACGUUGUAUCUUCGAAGAAAACCGCUCUUCUAUCUUGUCAAUUUGAUUAUCCCAACAUCCAUCAUCACACUUAUCGCUAUUGUCGGAUUCUUCACAACAUCAUCUGCUUCUGGAAUGAGAGAAGAAAAAGUGUCCCUUGGUAUCACGACACUUCUCUCAAUGUCCAUUUUGAUGUUGAUGGUAUCGGAUCAAAUGCCUACUACAUCUACAUUUAUUCCUCUUAUUGGAUGGUUUAUUCUGGCAAUGAUAAUAGUGAUUUCUCUUGGAACAGUAGUCUCUUCUGUCAUUAUUGCCAUCCAAAAACGAGGAAGUCUUGGAGAGCGAAUGUCCAAGAGAGCGCUCAAAUUUGCCAAAGUCCUUGCCUGGUUCACAUGCACAUCACUACCUCCCCAUGUGGAGAAAGAACAUAUGAUGGAAGCGUUCGACGCACCAACGCCUUCAGUAGAAGUGCGUCCAAUACAACUCGCUAGUGUCAAAGAAUCCGUUCGGAACAAAUGGGUCAGUGGAGCUCGUCGAGCUACACAACGAGGCAACAGUGGUCUGGCUCUGAUCUCAGACAAAAGCACGGAUCCACUCAUUCAUCUAUCACCCAGCGCUCAUCAACAAGAUGAAUCCAUUUCUCCAUCUGCGCCACCAGUCCCAUCCACAUCUCCUCUUCCACCACCACAAACUCCUGGACCAGCUGAUGACGUGGUUUCUGUAGCUUCAGAGCUAUCAUCUAAAUUCUUGAUGAGCAGAAUGCGUCCAAAGUCACAGAAGGAGAACACAUUUGCGGCCAUGCAGAGUUCGAUCAAAGCCAAUCGUCAAUUGGCAGUUGCUGAGUUCGAGUGGCUGGCUACUGUAGUCGAGAGGACAUGCUUUGUCAUUUUCGUUGUUGCUUUCCUCAUAAUCACUUUCGGAAUCAAUUUCAUCGGAUUCGUGCAUUGGCAUCAGGCUGGUGUUGAAUUCGGCGGAUGA